AGCGAUUUUCUAUUUCCGUACUUGUUUCCUGUUUAUCAGAAAGUGUCUGUGAAGUCAGCAGUUUUUGGGGGGUUUUUUUGCGUUAGUUUUGGGCACAGAAACGCAGCGGAGCAGCGGACCGCUGUGGUCAGAUCAGGUUUCACGUUUGCCUCUGUGUUGAAGAAACCGCCCCUGGUGUCCCGUCUGAACUGACCAGGCUCUCGUGUGUCGUUACCGCAAAUUAUUCAGACGGAGAAAGAAACUUUAUGGAGUGUGCAAACUCUGGAGACCGAUGCGCGCAGAGGUGACAUGUGGAGACGUGAUUGACAGCUGGAAGGGGCGGGGUUGGAAGUGAAGGUGUAAUGAACGGUGAUCCGUGUGAUACUUGUUUGGGGUGUUUUAUCCGAAAAUCAUGCAGCAGAGUCCUCUGCUCUCUCCGUGGUCUGCCACGUACGGCUGCAAGAAAUUUGAUCUGCGGAGGUGCCAUGCAGUGAGUGUCACCCGCCUCCUGUGGUAACUUCCCAGGGCAUGGCACUGGCUCACUGUGGUAACGCAGAGAGGGCAGUGACACGUUUGACACAGCUGGUCAGACUUUCAUCAUCCAGGACGUGGAGAGCUCAUGGAAACACAUCUGGCGUAGAAAGAAAAAGAGGUGAUAGGAUUGGUGUUUGAUAGAAACUGGUGGAAGAAGUACUUUGAAAUAAAAAUAUUAUUUAUCAAAUUAUAACUAAGUAUGGACCGCAAAAUGCACUUAAAGGUCCAGUGUGUAGGAUUUAGGGGCAUUUAUGCGCUUUCAUUAGUUUAUAAUAACCUAAAAUAAGAAUCGUUGUGUUUCUAUGUAAUAGGAUCAAUUAAAAACCCACGUAUAAAAGGGUGUCUCCCAGCUUGCCUCUCCCCUUUUGCUGUUGUAGUCCAUGCAAGAGGUAGCCCAAGUGACAUUGCUCUGGUAGUAAUUUAAGCUAAGUUUAUAACUUCAUUUUUCAGCUUAAACUUAUUGUAUAAUAAUACAUUCCUGUGUCACUUAAUUUGUGUAGGGGCUCGAGUUAUAUGGUCACGAUUGACGGAGGAUUUUGUUUUUACCUCUUGCUCUCUGUUGUUAGGAAUAAACAGAGAUCCCCUCAAAAGAUAUCUGUUGUCUGGGCCUCUUCAUGUCAGCACAACGUGAACAACACUUGAGUCCGCCGGUUACAUCUAUGACCCUAGAAUGAGCUAUAUUCGGAGCAAGCCACGUCCCAUCCAUGGAUGUAUAAAGAGAUUUGGAUACAGCAUUGGCGGUGGAGUCCCAUUCAUUCCUUUGAAAGUUGCACAUGACACCAAAAUGGUUCAGCUGCUGCGUAUAAAGUGAUGUGAAAGAUCGGGCACUGCUUCUGCACUGUGCGGCACAUAGAUCAAGCACGCUAGCAACGUCCACAGGCUGUGCUGGCUACUUCUGAAUUAACCGUCUGUUAACUUGAUAGGAGAUAAUAUAAUUUAAUUGUGUGGCUUUUCUAGACUUUCCAAAGGUUAUUGGGAGGCAUUUCACAGGGUUAUGGUGCUCAAAAAAAUGUCCCACUAAUUUAAGGACAUUUCUUUCUCCGUGUAACUCAGUGGGAAAAAGUCUUAAUUGGCCGCAGUGCAUCACAUGAUGGAUCCAUAUGUUGUAAUUUCACUUCCUGGGGGCCUGCUCACACACAGUCUGCCAUGUUGUUGUACAGUGGCCCAGAACAGGUGAACCAAACACUGGCUCUGUUUAGGGCCAUUGGUAUUUUUGUGUCGGCCACCUUAUUCUUCCUACAUGCUUGGCACACCUGCAGUCUCACCCCUAGAUGUCACUUAAUCUUACACAGUAGACCUUUAAGUUUACAAAGUCAAAGUGGUCUUUAUGAAGCAGAAUGGCCCUGUCUGUGAUAUCUUAUUGCAUUAUUGGAUUAUUAUGACUGAUAGAUUGUUGUGUAACUCUGUAUACUGUUUCUAUGCCUCUUCACUUGCCAUAGCUGUAGCUAGAGGCUUUAUGUUUUCAGGUUGUCCAUCCCAUUGUUGUGAAAGCGAUAUCUCAAGAAUGCCUUGAGAGAAGGCCCCCCUGACUUAACAAUAAACUGAUUAGAUCUUAAGUGGCCAUAGGUCAACGGUCAGGGUAAUUGUGACCUUGUCUGCCUCAAUCUCAUGAACACGAUUUCUCAAGAAUGCCUUGAGGGAAAUGUAGCACAAAUGUUCACUGAUUAGAAUGCGGUGGUGAAAGGUCACUGUGCCCUACCGAAGCAUGUUUUGGCAAUACUGUAAGAAUUCACACUCUAAUUAUGACAAGGUCAACUUCAUCGUGACAUCGUAAUAUUCUGCAUUUAUAAAACACAUUACUCAACAUCAUAUUUCAGGAACAGAAGGGGAGACAUUUGGUCAGAUACUGAAUUGAUGACACUAAUCUUGGGUAUCCAAAAAACUAACAAACUUUGUAAAUAAAGCUGUCAGAUAAAUGCACUGAAUUAAACAGAACAAUAUUUCCCUCUAUUAUUGGAUGGAAGAUGAGUUUAAAAUAGCACAAAAUGGAAAUACUCACACGUAAUGUACAAGUACCUUAAAACUGUGCUAAAAUACAGUGCUGGAAAACAUACACAGAAGGGUUUAAUUUAUUUCUUAGGUGAUAUUCAGUCAGCUACACCUUCAGUGAAUCUCUCAUCACCAUGUUCUGUGAUACCGUCUCCUCUAGCUUUGCUAAAAUAUACUUUGAUGAAUUUGAUCAGCCUCCCUGUUUGUGAUUUGAUUUAUUCACCGUUACUUUAGGCGUCCCAGUGCUGCCUAAUUGUUUUAAAACACUUAAGUACCAUCAAUUUAAUUUAAAUCACUGCCUCCUCCUCAGUGUCGUGCAUUAAUUUGGCUUAAAAGGAUUAGCGUGGCAUCCAUCUUCUAAUUACACAGUUUUCAGCCUUCAACUUGAAGAUUAAAUUAGGACACAGCAGUCUCAGUGACACGAAGAAUACAUCACAGCGCUGGAGGAUAUUGAACAAAUUGAUGGCUAAAUGAUGUUUGACAUAGAUGUAAAUAAAUGUGUUAAAUCGGAGAAGUAAGUGGGUAUUAUGUUUGGUGCGUUCACUCUGUCUUCUGCUUUAAAUGUGCAGGAGUUUUUUUUUUUACUUUCCUGCAUGAAUUUAGAUAAAGACAAGCCAGCCGCAAAAAGAUAUCUUGUAAAGACUUAAGAUAAGUGUAUUGCUUGUGGGCAAUAAAGUGGUGCUUUUAUAUUGGCUUUUGAUGAAUGAAAUGAUUGUGUUUACACUGAUAACACACUAUGGUAAUUGGAUUAUCACAGUAGGAGAGCUCGGCAAAAGUCUGCACGUACUUGCGUGCUGAUAAGUUUUAGUUUAGUUAAGAAAACCGUGCCGUGAACAGCAGUACACCGGCUGCAGGAUGGUAAAUAAAUAAAUGAGCAACUAAUGGCUGGUGAUCCUCAGAGGGCGGCAGGAUCCCAGGAUGCAAAAGGAGUGAAAAGGCCUCAGAAAGUGAGAAGGUGUUGGGGCGUGAUUUCACAGGCCUUUGCCAAUUGUCCACUCAGGGGGUCCACAGCUCUAACUGCCGUUGCCUUUUGGGUAAUUGCCAUAGUUAGAAUGUAUCUGAUUUGAAGGCAGCGCCAGCAGCAGUUUGCCGUUAGCUGAGAUUUAUUGGUGAGAGGUCAAGAGCAACACCUGGUGCAGAAAGUUCACAGUCCUUGUCGAAGCAACAGAUGGAGCAAAGGAUGCAGGAAAGGAAGGAGGGACGGACGAAUGUGGCUGCAAAACCACACGGAGGUGACGAGCUGCUGAAGACCAGUGUGGUAGACGUAAAAGGCGUAUAACCACUUGGUUUUACUGGCAGUUUCCCAUGUUUAGUCGGCAUAUGGCUUCUCUGUGGUUUCCCGACAAGGCUGACCUCUUUGAGGCCUGUAGUUUGCUUGAGGUGAAACAAAACUUGUAAUUGCAGAGAGGGCGGAGAACGACCCUAUUAUCUUUUUUGAAAUGACAGCUAAUGAUGUGGUAAAUACACAUAGAAUAAGAGUUAUUGGGUCAGUGUGUAGGAUUUAGUAGCAAUGAGGAUUGCAUAUGGCAAGCUGAAAAUUCUCCAGUGUUCCAAGUGUGAACUCCUGGUUAGGAUUACAUCAGUGUUCAUUGCUCAGAAGGUUUUAACUGGGAGCCACAUUUUCCACAAAGGUUUCUUUCUCUCCAAAACAAAUGGGACAGGGGUCUCAAACAUUGCGUAUGCACAAAACGAGGCCUGACAGAGGAAUUUUGGAGAUGGGAAAUAGGUGAUGCAGAUGGUGAGGUGGAAGCCUGAUUGUAGAAAUGGUUGAAUAUUUUUCAGUGCGUGCCACUUUUGGCUUUUGUCCCCAUGUAUAUUUUUAGUACGGAUCCUAAGCGUUAUUUUAUAAAUGAGACCCCAGGUAAUUAAAUCCGGUAAAAACACUGAAGUGCUUGGUUUGUCCGUUCUGGGAAAACAUAGUUGUCUCCAUAAAUGAGGACCCGCUUCCAAUAUAGAUAUAAAUGGCUCAUUCUAAGGUACCAAAAACAUGCUGAUUCCUUUUUUCAGGUGACUGUACACUAAAGAAAACACACUUAUUACAUUACAUUUAUGCAAAUAUAUCCCCCUAGAGCCCACACACUGGACCUUUAAGCAGUUGCUUUAGAAUCUGCAAGUGCAAAGUUAAUUUGCAGAACACUAUGCAUGACACACCAUGCCACAAUAUCUUUAAAAUACAGAGCAUUCAUUCAUCAGGUUUCCCCCCUGUGUCCUUUACGGGUGGUUCAUUCCGUGGGUGGACUAUUUAGCUUCGGAAGAGCUCAACCAGAAAAAAUCUUGUUAAAUUUUGUUCAGCAAGUGAAAGAUUUGUGUACUCAGCUCAAUUUGACAGUCAUAAACCUCGCCCGUUCCUGUUAGGUCAAAACCCACAGCUGGAGGGACUCAGGCAUUCGCUGAGUACACACACACCUACACACAACCAUGAAAACAUCAGACACUAACUUGUCAUGUAACAUAACAGGGUGAACAAAGUUUAUUAAAACUUUUAUGUUAGUAAUAUUACAUGUACACCCUUUAUGUAGGUAGAAGAAAAUUCUAGUAAUACAUUUUAAAAUAUAAAAAAAACCAUUAGUUGAUUUCUUUAUAAACUUGUUCACUAUCAGCAGCAUUACAAGCAGCCAGUAAUAGUCAGGUACUUCAGGGGUUAAAUCUAAAGAAACGCGGCACAGAGGUGAUCAGCUCUGUCUGAGUAGACUUUGAGCCACGCUAAUCAGCCUGCAUAUGUAGACCAAAUACUAUGCAGCUCUGUAACCUCAUCCUCUUACAUAAGCCAAGAUGAAUAACUGUAACCUCUGAGAGAUACGCCUGAUAACAGCAAGUCCCUGAGUACAUUCUCACUGCAUACCCCAAAAAGAGUCAGAAUUUAAAACAAAUGUCAGGUCGAGGAUCAGAGAGAAUUAAUAUUUUACUUUUUCUUGCAAGAACACACCAACUUGCAUUUCUUCGAGAAGCUGGAUUCCCCAUAAAAAAUGCUUUUGAACUUGUAAAUUCUAAAUUUUGAGCAGUUUAGGUGAAAGAUCAACAAAAGUGAUGACAGUAGUGUCCUGUUUAUUGUCAUUCAGGAACAAACUGUUAACAUCUGAGGUGGAUCUUUGACACAUGCUCUGCUGUGUCAUGCCUGGGCUGACUUGACCAUGACUGUUCUUUUCUACCUGUUACACAACUCUUAACCUCUGUCCAAUUUUCAUACUCAUUUAAGUGCUUGUGUGUGUGCGUGUGUGCGUGCGCGUGUGUACACAUUGCAUAAGUUAAACUGGGUGAGCACCAUUCUGCUCUUAUUUACACAUAGAGGAACAGCAGCAACAACUACGGCAAAGAGCAUAAUGGCACUCCUCCUGUGGAUCGGCCUGUUGCUGCUGGCCUCCGCCCAGUCCAGUUCGGUCAAGAACUGCCACCCUGGCUGCCGCUGUGAGGUGGAAAGCUUUGGCCUGUUCGACAGCUUCAGUCUGACCAGGGUGGACUGCCGAGGAUUGGGACCCGGCACCACCAUGCCCAUCCCCAUCCCACUGGACACUGCCCACCUAGACCUGUCCUCCAACGCCAUGGGCCCGCUCAGUGACACCAUGUUAGCCGGUCCAGGCUACACCACCCUCAUUAGCUUGGACCUAAGCAGUAACCUUAUAACAAAGGUAACACCCAGUGCUUUGUCCAAGCUGCGCUACCUGGAGACUUUGGAUCUGAGCCAUAACAACCUGGAGAGCCUCUCCCCAACCUGCUUCUCCGGCCUCCCACUGGCUGAAGUUGACCUCAGCUACAACAGCUUCAGAGAGUUCGACUUGGACGUGUUCACUACUAAAGUCAAUGGUGAACCUGUCAGCGUUGAUCUAUCUCAUAACAAGCUCGUGUCAGUCUCCACGACUUUGCGUGGAAGAGUGUUACACAUUCAAAGCUUAAAUCUGUCAGCGAACCUGCUGACGAGCGUACCGAGGCUUGCGGGACUUCCGCUGAGGUAUCUCAAUUUGGAUGGUAACCCCAUCGCACAGAUCAAGGAGGGAGCUUUUGCUCAACUGAAAGAUCUGGUUUAUUUAUCAAUCAGUGGGCUCCCUGAGCUUCAGGAGAUCGAACCGAACAGCUUCAAGGGCCUCCAGAGCCUGCAGGUUUUGGAUCUCUCAAACAACCCCAAGCUCAAGACCUUAAGCCCUGCGGUUUUCAGCGGACUAGACUCCCUGCAAGAGCUGAAUUUGUCCGGCUCUGGUGUGGCGUCUUUGCCAAAUAACAUGCUGACCCACCUGCCCAGUAUUAAGAGUAUUACACUGGGACGAAGCAUCCACUGUUGGAGGACCCAGAAACAGGGGCAGUUUCACCGGCAGCUGGGGCAGGUCCAACACAAUGAGGUGCUGAACUGUAAUGUGGAGGGCAUUGUGUUGUGAAACAGUGCCUGUGGAAAUGGACCACUCCUAAAGGGGCCAGUAUCCUCCAUCAUAAGUGCUUGCUGGAUGUGCCAGUAGCUUCGGAAACCCCUUCCUCCCCACACCUUUCAAAUGUCGGAUAUAACCAUAAACACUUGAUUCCCACCAUGGUAGGAGAACACAUCAUACAACCGAGUUCUGACAGGGAAUACCCCGGCCCUUACAAUCCAGAUGCCAGAGCUGUGCCUUAUCUGCUUUCAUAUGCAAAACACUUUUUUAUGUAACUUUCACUCAGUUACCUGCAUUCCAAGGUGAACCUUUGGAAUACGUCUUAAAGGUUUAAAGUAACCCUCAUGGACUCUUGACUGAAGUAUCAUAAAUGCAGUACCUAAAAACAAAAUAUACAAAAAAAGACAAAAUGUACAGCAGUCUUUAUAGCACAGAUCCGUUUAUUUCACAUCUUAACAUGUAGCCUAAACUGGUAGAGAACCUUUCAUGAAUCCAAAAAUUUCAGUAAUGUUUGUACGUUAUGUACUUCAUUUCAAGUGGGACCAUUUUAAGAGUUAUUUGCACUUAUUCCAGUCGUGGUAUUUUUUAGAUAAUGCACUCACACAUGGCCUAAAUGUCAUCCAGUGGAAUACAAAACCUUCUAUGCAUUGCCCAUAAAACCCACACUGAAGAAUAUUUUACUGUUGACCACUAAGAAUUUUAUUUGACUUUGAAUGUGAUGCUUUGUUGGAAUGAUUAAAGGGACGAUUUAGCUUCUAGCCCAGAGUUAGAUGAGGAGAUUGAAACCACUCAUGUCGACUUGUUCAAUAUGAAGCUACAGCUGGCAGAUGGUUAGCUUCGCUUAGCACAGAGACUGGAAACGGGGAAACAGCUGGCCUGGCUCUGUCAGAAAGUUCUCAGAAGCUCACUAAUCAGCACAUUGUGUUUUCUACAGAUAAAAAGAAAUGAGAUUUGACAUGUCAGAUAGGUAGAUUUUACCUUCAGACAGAGCAUUGCUGGCUGUUUCUUGUCUUAAUGCUAAGCUAAGCUAACCAGCUGCUGGCUGUAACUGUAUAUUUACCUAUACAGACAUGACAGUGGAAUCAAUCUUCUUUUCUAACUCCUGACAAGAAAGUGAAUGUGCGUAUUUCCCAAAAAUAUCGAACUGUACAUCCAAGAACCAGAAUUAUUUUAUUAAGCGUGGUUUUGGGAAGCUUACAGUUAUGUUUGUAACUCUCGAGGGUUGAAGAUCUUUUCUUGUUACACCCACAAAUGACCAUUUGAUUACUUGAAUUUUUUUCUAUGUCCACCAGCCCAAAUCUGACAUUUUGUCCAUUAUGUUUGGAUGAUUUACCGUCAUAAUGACAGUAAGUUUGGUGCACAGCCUUUGCAAAGUAGGUCAGCAGCCUCUGACAUGGUGAUCUUUGUUUUGUCUGUUUGACAUUACACAACAGGACUAAACAAGCUGUGACUGCAGUCAAAUCAUUCUCCAGCCAACCAAAACGCUUAUUUGAAGCAGAAUUGACCAGUGAAGUAUGACAACUCGCACAUAAUUGGUAAUGAAGUAAUGUCGCUUUCUGUUGAUGUUUAAAUGCGAGCUGCACUGUGCUGUAAUCUUUAAUGUCACCUUCCCAUCUCUGUGGUAUUUCUGUGGACCUAAGAGGAUGAUAAGCCUCAAGACUGCAUAUUAGAGUUUAUGAAUGUCAGCGAUCUGUGAAGGUUCGGGGCCUUUAUUGUUAUGAUUUUGAGAUUUUCAAGGAAAUCCACCUUUUCAGUUGGUUAAUUGAAAUUCAGAUGUCUUGGUGUAGAGGUUUAUAUUUGUACGUAUGUAACUAUAUUGUAUAUAACUUUAUAUAUAUGAAUCAUGUGUAAUAAAUUGACUCUUCUAACUCUU